AUGUCUUUCAUCGCCGAUAACUAUUUCCAGGUCUUGGGAGAUUUUACGGAGGAAGAGCUCACCUUCUUCGAUUUUUAUGGAUGGUUUCCAACUCCACUCGAGUUGGAAAUCCAUUUGCAAGAGAGUUUUCCUGAGUUGCCAAGUAUUGGCACAACCCCCAUGGAGCCUGUGGAGUACAGUCGUGGAAAGAAGAAGAACCCUAAAGGACGCCCCACUGUCGCUGAUGUACUAAAGGGAGUGGAAAGUAUCAAGAUACCCGGACACUCCUCAUCCCAGAAGGGUCUUGCAACCAUCAGACGACAGAGGAAAUCCCAGCGCCUCUUACAACAAUCCAAAUCGACUGCCGAGUCCAAGCUCCACCAGAAAAGCCAUGAGGAUUUGACCGGAAAACCCAACUCUGAGGCAGACACGGACCUGCCUGCUGCUAACUCUGAGGUUGAGAUGGAGGUCGACCAAAAGCAAGCCGAUUUGCCUUUGGAACCCCCCACCGAGCAGGAGAUAUCAAUGGCUGAGGAGACAAUCAAUGUCUCCCCUUUCUCGAAGGACGAGGCGGAAGAGGGGAUCGACUGUGGUACUGAGCCUGUACGCGCUUUAAAACACCCUGGAAUCCCCUUAUCUACUACGGAGGGCCAUCCGUCGCUUAUCUCAGCCGACGUAUCAUUACUGGCUGAUCAAUCCGAGCAAAGUGAGAAUUGGGAGGAGAUUCCAUCAUGGGCUGAAUCACUUUAUCAUGCCUCAGAACUCCUAUAUUAUUAUCUCCUGGGCGCUACCAACCGCGCACUGCAACACGACCCUCAGAAGCAGCGCAGUCUUUAUCACUUCUGCGCUAGUCUCAUCCCUAGUGUGCUUUCAAUGUACGAUCCUACCGAUGAAGUGACUGCCCGUAUAUUAUUACGAAACGUCAAGACACACUUGGUCAAUCUCGAUGAAGGCACCCCUGCGGAAUGGAGACACUUGACUUCAGAAGUCCUUGAUUUCAUCGCCGCGUUUCUCACCCGAUUUCAAGAGCGAGUGUUUUAUCAGCAAGAGGUUGAGGCAACGGUCGAUAGUUACAAUCGCCUAUACAAUAGCUUGAGUCCACUGUGCAAUGAGUCAGAGCAGGAGUUGUUGAUGUCCAACUUCGAGAAAAUCUUCACUAAAGCCCCGCUUGAGACUCACUUGAGCGAAUCCCUUAGAAAUUUACUCUGCUAUCUCCUACAGCAACUCUACAGCGUUGUUUCCUCCUCCAUUAUAACCCAGAUGACUGAUAAAAUGCCACCGCUGCUCCAGACUUUUGCACUUGUCAAUCAAUUAUUGGAUUGUCGAAAGAAGCCAGUGCCAACCACAAUAGAUUGGACCACACUCCCUUACCAUCUGGAGUACCGACGACAGUAUCAUACUUGGAAGUUACAAGAGGAGGGCGACUCUGAAGCGCCCUCUUGUAUUUUAUCCCGAGCCACCGAGUGUAAAGUUGCCACGCUGCAUUCCCUGGAAGUUUAUGAUCAACUCCGUCAAACCGUCAAGCAAACUCGCGCCGAGGCUCUCGAGAGGGAGAGGUUGCGCUUGCAGGAGGAAGAAAGGGCACGAGCACAAGCAGAACAGGCCGAGCGUGAAAGAAUAGAACAGGCCCAGCGGGAAAGGGAUCAGGAGAUGAACCGUGUUAUCCCAGGACCCGCUGAGUCCCAAUCUCCUGCUCCGGCUCCGGGACAUACUACAGAACGAAUGGAAUCAGACGACGACAUAAUAGACGUGGUCAAUACUCCCGAACCCAGUCCUCAACCAGCUGGAGAAGACUCUAGGCCCUUCGCGCCCUCAUCGCAAAUGGAUUUUGAUGCAGGAAGAUUUCACGAAGAGGGUACCGGAAGUAAUUACUCUCAAGCCGGAGCACCCAUCGAGUGUUACCUAUUAAUUGUUCAAGGGGACCGCUCACAAGUUGUACGUCUACCAAAUCCACGUAAGUGA